GAUUUUGUGUAAAAUGUUGGCGUGUGCGGGAAAGCGCUAGAGCCUAACAGCGAUGACAGAAGAUUCACCCAUUUCACAGUUAGCGAAAAAAUGUGUGUUGGUGAAAAAUGUACCUCUUGACAACACUGACACUGUCUUGAAAGCUUUGUUUCCAGCAGCGAUACGGUGGGCCACAGGGUACCAAACGAGAACGGCCAUAGUUUUGUUUGACUCGCCUUCCGACGUUGGGUGGCAGCUAUCUUGUCCAAAGCGUGAUUGUGGAGAAGAUAUAGUUGAGAUAGUAAAGUGUCCCCCUGCAGAAAUUCCAAAGGAUCUGGUUGAAUCAUACCAUGAAUUAUCUCCACCUGAGAGCUCAGUAGGUGUUCAUGAUCAGUUGUGGUCUCUCCACAGUUAUCCAGGUGCUGGUUCAAUAGAGCACACUGCAAUUAGCCCAGAGCCAUCGGCUACGUAUGCUCACCAUACUAACGCAGAUGUUCUGAGUGGAAGAUCAUACUCCUAUCCUUUUCAAGAUCAGCAGGAUCACAUGUCAUUUGAGGGAGCUGAUUUUUCAGGGAUUCAUUCUAAAGUAGAAUACCCUACUCAAGAUAACCAAGUGAACUGCGAAGAUCACCCACAAGUUAGCCAGCACGCACAUCCUGUCACCGUGACCAGAGAAAGUCUUGUUGAGAGCAACAUAGCGAAGUUUGAAUACUCUGCUCACAUUGACACACCAUCAUCUGACAGGCAUACCUGUCUUGUGCCCUGUGGAGGGGAUAUUAGCACAGUAGAGUACCCAGACUCUCAGAGUAGUGCGGCACCUAUAAGGGACUGUGACCCACAUCUAUAUCCUGAAACCCCACCACCCUCAUACUUGAGCAGCUGUGCAGUGCAAGACACUACAUCACUGAAGAGUGUUCUCCCUCAGUAUACUGAGUCCCCGCCUCCCUCAUACAGUGAUGCUGUGUCGACCAGAGGAGGAAUGUCAUUACCUGAAACUCCUCAGUCCGUUUUGAACGACCAAGAAAGAGAAUUAACGAAGAUUACACACAGAUCAGCAAUGGACUCAGAUGCAGAGUGUCAGUGUAUUGAAGUUUCAUCUCUACCUGAGGGUGUAGACAUGGAAGAGCUGAAGAUGUACUUCAGCAACAAGCGCCGUCAUGGUGGAGGGGAAAUCAAAAGCAUAACUAUGAACCCAACUCAGCUCUCAGCAGUCAUCGAGUUCCAGCACCCAAGUGCUGUCAAACGGGUGCUUGGAAAAUGCCCCUUGCUCAUCCGUGACAAGAUGAUCCAUGUUCAGAAGCACUUUGUAAAUGCUGCUGAAGCAGACCAGGUUAAUCAGUCUCAUCCAAGAAGCCAAGAAGAGUGUGUUGUCAAGGUAACAGGGUUGCCUGCUGAUGUGGGUACGGACUACAUCGUGUUGUAUUUUGAGAACUCAAAGUAUUCUGGAGGUGGAGAAGUAAAAGAUGUGAAGUUCAGAAAAAAUGGCAGUGUCCUGAUAACAUUUGUCCACAAUGAAGAUGCGGAAAGUGUGUUGGCCAAGCCAGAACAUGUGAUCAUGCAGACAAAGAUCAAUGUGUCAAGGUGGCAGAGACCAGAGCAAAGAACACUGAAAGUGUCAGGGUUAAUACCAUCAGUUAAUGAAGAAAUGCUGGAGCUUUAUUUUGAGAAUGAGAAAAAAUCAGGGGGAGGAAAUACCACAAAAAUUCAGAUGAUGGAACAAGGUAGCGCACUGGUAACAUUCCAAGAGGAAGAAGUCUGCUUGAGAGUCCUAAAGAGAAAGGAUUUGGUUCUGGGGAAAGUCCCGCUGUGUGUGGCCCUCUGGGAGGAAGAAGACAAGGAACCAUCCAGGGCCAUCAUCGUUAGUGGGUUUGACCCCAAAACCCCAGAGGAAAUGAUCAAAUUAUUGUUUGAGAAUGAAAGGAAGUCCAAAGGUGGUGAAAUUGAAAAGCUGGAAUUCAUAGAAAAUGGAAGUGCACAAGUUACUUUCAAGGAUAUAAAAGUUGCUGAAAGAGUUCUUGAAUAUGGAAAGUCUGGUGGAAUAAAGAUGGGAGGUAAAACAUUGUCAAUAUCAGCAUGCACGCCAAAGACCAAUAGCUCACACAAAACAGAGCGAAAGUCAGCAAAUUUGACAGACACCAUUCAGGUAUCUGGGCUUAGUAAUAAGGUUUCAGCUGAGAUUGUACAACUCUACUUUGAAAACACGCGUCGAUCUGGAGGUGGAAAUGUGUCAGAUGUGUCCAAGGAAGAUGACGGAACAAUGCUUAUCAAGUUCCAUGACCCGCAAGUGGUGAAAUCUGUGCUGUCAAGGAAUGAUCAUGUGGUAGAUGGUGUGAAGUUACAAGUCACGCCUCAUGACCCACCACGUCCUGUACCAAUGGACCCAACCAAAGUGUUCAUACAGGGAGUGAGCCAUAACACAACUUACGAGUGUCUUAUCAUGUACAUUGAGAGAUGUUGUGGACAGGAACCAAUGAGAAUUGUGCAGGGGGAGAAAGCUGGUACCUACAUGUUGCUGUUUAGAGAAAGUGUUGACUUGGCCAAAUUCCAGCAAUCAUGUAAAGAACGACCUCUGGAAAAGUGUUAUCUCUCUGUAUCAGGAGUACCCAUCAGUAACUCCAUCCGGGUAACCAAUCUGCAUCCAAAAAUUACCAAAGAUACCUUGCAGCUCUACUUUGAAAGCGAGAAGAGAAGCCAUGGAGGCCCAGUUCAGGAUGUGGAGCUCUUCAAGGAGGAAGCCUAUGCAUUGGUUCACUUUAACAACCACACAGAUUUGAACCAGGUGCUUCAGAACAGCCAUGUAUUAGAAGAACAAAAGCUGUCAGUAUGUGUACACUACGACUGUCUUGGGCUGGUGUCGUUGGAUGGAACAGCAUUGCCCAUAAUUAUACCCAAACCAAUAGAGGUGCCCCUUAACCCCCAUGUCUUAGAAUUCAUUUUAACUUGUGGACCAAACCAGCAAGCUCUAGAACAGGAACUUCUGCCCUUGGGUGCUGAAGUUGACUGGAGGGGAGGCCCAAAGGAAGGAAUCCUAGUACGUUGCAGCCUUGAAAAAAAGGAGAAAAACCGACAACAGAUCGCAAGAUGGAAGGAAACUGUGAGCCAUGCUGUUGCAGAAUUUAUGAAAGUGUUUCAGGUUCAAAAAGUGGAUUGCUUGCAGGAAACAUGGCCUCAGAUAAUUGAGCGUUUAAAAUCGCCACAGUUUGACUUGAAAGCAGGGGGACUUAUUAUCCCCAAUGACCAAAGCAGCACUAUUGUUGUUGUAGGACAUCGGCAGAUGGUGGAAAAGUGUGUACAAGAUGUAGAAACACUUAAGAAAGGUAUUGAAGGAGAGAUUGAGCGCCAGAAAAAGUCAAUAAAAGAAGUGAAAGAUUUGAAACACUUUGAGUUACUUUACUUGAAAAUUCAAAGGUUGAAAGAAACCGUACAAACAGUCGAGAUAAAGUUGUGCUUUCAGCAAAAUCAGAUUGAGUUUGUUGGCUUGCCGACUGAUAUAGAUCUUGCAAAGGUUACGAUGUAUGAGCUGCUGCACUCAAAGAAGUCAUUUAAGCUAGAUUUGUCACCCUGUAUUUGUGAGUUCAUGAAAUCUGGUGGAGUCAAGAAGUUCUUGGCUGAAAAAUUGAGGGAAAAGAGUGUGAAGGCAGUUUGGGACUUACAGGAAACCCAUGUCACAGUCUUUGCCGCCACUGACAAACACUUGGUAGAAGGAACACAGCUAAUUAAGACUAAUCUGACAGAAGCAGAGAUAAACAUUAAAGAAGAGUCCAGCCCACUCCUGUCUUCUCAGCCUUGGCACAACAUGGUGAAUCAAUUAAAGGAAAUGCACCCCGGGCUAAUCCAGAUUAUCCUGAAAUCAGACAACACUCAAGUCAACAUUGUCACCACCAGUGAUUUGAUGGGAGAGGCCCAAGAGGUUGUCCAGGGUUUUCUUAAGGAAAACACCAUCAUCUCUGAGUUAUGUCAGUUAGACUCUGGUACAGCACGGUUUGUAGACAGGUACAAGCGAGAAGAGAUCAAGUCCUUGGAAGCACAGCUUCAGCAGUUUUCAGUAUCUAUAGAAGUGAAAACACACGACAAAGGAUCAGGAUUGCAAGUCAAAGGAAGUGAAUUGGGCAUUCGUCAAGCGAAAGUGAAACUGGAGGAAAUGACAGGAAAAGUGACCUCCAAACGCUAUCAUGUAGACAAACCAGGUUACCCAAAGUACCUCAUAUCUGAAAAGGGAAUGGAAUUUCUCAGCACUGUUGAGUUAAAGCAUCAGGUUGUCAUUUGUGAAUCUUCUAAACAAGAUGCCUCCAUGGCUGAAGAGGAGUUUGUCAUGGUAUCCAAGCAGAGUUCUGACAAACACACCAUCAAGGCAUCUGUCUCUCUACCAGGUAACAGAACUAUCAUGGUGGUGAAAGGGGACAUGACUAAGUAUAGGGUAGAUGCCAUGGUAAAUGCUGCUAAUGAUCGCCUACAGCAUAUAGGAGGACUAGCAGCAGCCAUUCUCAGAAAAGGUGGUCCUUCGAUACAAGCCGAGUCAGAUGUGUAUAUCAGUGAACAUGGGAAACUUCUGGAGGGCAAUGUUGCAAUGACUGGAUCGGGGAACCUGCCAUGUAAAGCAGUUAUUCACGCUGUGGGGCCUAUUUGGAGAGGAGGACAGCAGACAGAAGAGGACCUGUUGGGGGAGGCUGUGUUUGAGAGCUUGGAUGCUGCUUCCGAGAAAGGAUUAAGAUCCAUUUCCAUUCCAGCUCUGAGCACAGGGGUGUUUGGCUACCCACUGGCUCCUGCUGUUAACAUUAUUGUGAAGUCUAUAUUAGACUUCUUUAAGGAGGAGCCAAAAAGCAGUGUUGGAGAGGUGCAUUUGAUAGAUGUUGGAGACAGGACUGUGAUGGAAUUCGUUACUGCUCUUGUGAAGAACUGUGGAAGUGAGAAAGUCCAGAUGUUUGGCGAUAAGCCAGUCCCUGCCAAACGGAAUCUAACUUGGAAAAACACUACUGUGGCUCAGUCCCAAAAUCCUGUCAGGGAUCCCACCAGCGGUGAUGUUAAAACUCGCUCAGGCAUGAAAAUUCCUCUGGUCAAGGGAGAACUUGCAAAACAAACAGUGGAUGUUUUGGUGAAUUCCACUGGCAAAGACUUGGCGCUUAAGAAUGGAGCUGUGUCAAACUCCUUGUUGAAGGCAGCUGGGCCACAGCUUCAAGCAGAGGCGAGUCAGCGAUAUCCAAAUGGCGUCACGACCCACGGGGAGGUACUGGUGACUCAGGGAUACAAGCUGUCGUGUAAGGCCGUCUACCAUGGCUCUUUGAAGGGGUAUGAUGCCACUACAAACACAUCCACCAAGGUUCUAGAGCAAUUCAUUAUGAAUUGCCUGACCAAAGCCCAGACAAAUGGCUUCACAAGCAUAGCCUUCCCAGCCCUAGGUACAGGAAACCUGCAUUUUCCAGACGCAGUUGUUGCUAAGAUAAUGUACGAGACGGCAAUAAAGUUCAGCGAUGAUAACCCGAAGUCAUGCCUUAGGACAGUCAGCUUUGUUGUGUUUCCAGCCAGCAAGUCCACUGUCAAGGCAUUUGAAGAUCAGAGGAGAAAGCUAAGUGGAUUACCACAUGAAGCCACAGUGUCCCAUAGGAGGAAGAAUCGCAAGUAUAACAGUCUCUCCAUGGAGGGUAAUACCCCUGGCCGGGCCCCUGUACAGGAGGAGGAGAUUUUCCCACUUCAGAAAAUCCGCUUCAGCGUGUCACAAGGGGACAUAACUAAGGCUGGUACAGAUGCCAUUGUGAACAGCACAAAUGAGGCACUGAACCUAAAUCAAGGUGCUGUUUCCAGUGCCAUUCUGAAAGCUGCUGGUGAUCAGCUCCAGCAAGACUGCAAGUCACAAGUGAAGAAAAUGAAAGCAGAAGGUUGUGUAGUUACUGGAGCAGGACGCUUGAGGUGUAGGCAUGUCAUUCACAUUGAUGCACAAAGUUCUCCCUCCUGGAAGUCCAAGAUCAAGAAGUGUCUUGAGGCUGCAAAUAAGAUGGAAUUAUCAUCAGUCUCUUUCCCAGCGGUGGGAACAGGUGUUGGCAAAAAAAAUCCGGAGGAAAUGGCAGAGGAUAUGUAUGGAGCAAUCAAUGAAUUCCAGUCCAAGUUGCAGGACACCUUAUGUAUCACAGAUGUACAACUGAUAGUUUUUGAAGAAUCCAUGGUGAACAGUGUGAAGAAAGGCUUGAGGAAUUGCUUUUCUAGAGCUGGAGCAACACCCAAAUCCUUCUUCCGCAAAGCAUGGGAUAGUUUGACAGGAAUGUUUGCUGGUGGAGAAGCCGAUACAGCAUCAACAUGGGAGGCAAGCCCUGCAGGAAAAAGAAAGUCUCCUAAAGAAAUUGCACUGGUGGUGAUAUCUGAUAAAAAGGAGGCCAUUGAAAAAGCGAUCAGUAAUAUUGAGAGUUGUCUGAAGAGUGAGAUGUAUGACCAAGUGAUCACAGAGCCAUGGACAGAGUCAAUCAAGAACCUGUCCGAUCAACAUGUAGCAGAGAUUCUCACAUGUGAGAACAAACAAGAUGUUACAAUAAAGAUAGAAAAGAGAUUAGGUCGAAUCCGGAUUCAAGGCCUGCCUACUGAUGUCAUGACUACAUUUCAGAUAAUCACAACCAUUUUUAAAGAGAUAGACAGAAUGGUUCAUGAAACCAAAACAAGUGAAGUGGUGGCUGGCAUUGUACAGUGGUACUACAUGGAGUGCAAUCCCACCAGCACCUCUGUCGCAAUACCUCUCACGAAGUACGACAACCAGUUGAACAUGGUGCUGGAAAAAGCUUUUCUCCAAAAGGAGAAAAUGAAAGUGCUCACUGCCGAUGACGGCUGUCAAUACUGUUACGACUUUGAGGCAAUGGAGGAGUACCCAGAUGAUGACCCGAGCGACCGGGUGAAAAUGAUACGGAAAGAAGUGAAUGCUCAGAGCUCUGGGUUUGAACUGCCUCCCACCUGGACACACAUGGCUGAUCAAGAUCUGGUCACGGUGGAGUUACAGAGUACUGAUUCAGAAUAUCAGCAGGUCAUCAAGAACCUUCAGGGUCAAGUGACAAACAUCAUCAAGAUUGAACGUAUCCAGAACAAAAGCUUGUAUGAACAGUAUGUAGCCAAAAAAGGGAAAAUUGAGAGAUCCAACCCUAACAAAACUGUGGAGAAAAUACUAUGGCACGGAACAAGUUCUGAUACAGUUCAAAGCAUCAAUAACUAUGGCUUCAACCGAAGUUAUUGUGGGAAAAAUGCUACGGCGUUUGGGAAUGGUGUCUAUUUCGCAGUGAAUGCUAACUACUCUGCCAGCAAUACAUAUUCCCGACCAGACGGGCAGGGGCAUAAGAGGAUGUAUCAGACAAGAGUUUUGGUUGGAGACCAUACCCAAGGUAGAUCUGGAAUGAUUGUGCCACCAAACAAAAGUGGCCCCAUUCUCUAUGAUUCUGUAGUAGACAACCCUGCAAACCCAAGCAUGUACAUCAUAUUCCAUGAUGCCCAGGCUUACCCGGACUAUUUAGUAACAUUCCAGUAAGAAAAAGGAAGUACUACUUUGAUUUGUUUUGUUCCCAGGCUUUGUGUGUGCCAGUUUACUGAACCAGUGGAUGUAUUAUGGAGAGGGUAAAUUUGUGAUACAAAAAAAAAAAAACAGGCUGUAUUAGGCCUGUUUUGAUGAAAAAAUUGUCUGUAUCGCAAAAAUUUUUCAUGGAAUUUUAGAUUUACAUUUUAUUUGGAAGUUGAGAAUUAUAAUUUGGACUUAAUAACUUAAUGAUAAAGGCGCUAUUUCACAUACUAGUAUAAAACUAUACCGAAAGUGAAUUGUCUGUUGCGUGAUGAUCCAGUAUGAAUCAGUGGGAUAACACCAUGAAAACGCAUAAUGUAGGGACAGGUUAUAUUUCUACGUCAUGCAACAGUAAGAUAAUAUGUACAUUGAAAGUUGUCUUUAAACGCUAAAUUUUAUGGAAAAGUGACCCAAAAAAAUAAGUCCCAACCAACAUACUCCAAUUUUCCAGAUAGAGUUAGGUUACAUAAUAUGAUUUUUUUUUAAGGAUGGCCCAGGCCUACAACUUAAGUGACUUGUAUAAUCUGUUCAUAUACACAAAAUCGCAUCUUAUCGCAUAGAAUAGUAAUUAGAAUUAAAGUUGUUACGUUCCUUACAGUGAUACCUGUGGCCAAGCACCAAGGCCCAAGUGAAUGUCAAAUGAGAAAACACUAUGAAAGUAAUGCACUGAAUUAAUUUGUCAUGAUGGGAAGAAUUAAGCUUUGGAAAACAUAAUGCUAACAUAAUGCUAACACACAUAACGACAAAUAGCUUUAUUCAACUGCCAAUGUACAGACAAUGGAAAAUUCAACAGAUUCAGCCUGCAUGUUCAAAGUGUCACAGUAUUUACAAAAACAGGCAACAUGGAGAAAAAGCAUGACAAAAGUGAAAAAUAAUCAACUGGGCUCGAAUUGCGAAAAGGGCUGGCAUACGUGCAAACAUGCAGUACAUCAUGCAGUAACAUCAAUGUUAAAUGCACAGGCUUACAUUUCUAUGUCUGAAGUAGAGUGUCAUUUAAAUAUUUCUAGCAAGAAAACUAUUGAUCGUAGCUCAAAUCCUUUGUGCAGAAAGGGCAUGUCUUGGGAUACAAUUUGGUGCAAGUUUCACAUUUCUAGCUACAAUAGUUCUUGAGUUACAGGCCACUGGAAUUACGUAACUGAAAAAAGUUUUUUGACCAUAUCUCAAAAAGUUACAAAGAUAGGCAAAAUCCAAAAGGCAGAUUUGGAAUCAGCGUUGCCAAAUACACCAGAAUAAAUGAAAACGUUUUCAAAAUUAGACACUUUUUAUGACGUCAUAACUUCAACCAAUGGCUAGCUUCCAAAGCUUUUGAUGAAUGUCCAAGAUUUUUUCAAACUUGCUCUAACUGGGAUCACUCUACAAGUACAUCAAAGGUCAGAAGAAUCCUUUCAUUGGUUCUUGAGAAGAUAUUUAAAGAUGGUUGUCAUGUCAUACCAAAAUUUGCCUCAUAACCUUGUUCCUAAAAUCACCAUAUUUCAACAACAUCCAAUGAAAACUUUUCCUCUCAGAGCUCUUAAAGCUUUGAAGAAAAUGAAAGAAAAAUAUUAAAAAUCUAAUUUCAAUAGGUGUACCAUCACAGAGUGCUUGACAACGUUAUAAUGUAUAGUGAAGCUUGAAUGCCAGUGUAUUUGCUUAUUAGGCAGAUAAAUAACUCGUGAGACACUACACAUUUACGAUGUUAAACUGUAUACUCCGCUUCGAACUCCCUGGUCGGACUACACCAAGACCUUAAAAAUGGUACUUGUAUUUGCCUGUCUUGGCACUCGGCACUAACAGGAUAGAGCAAGAAAACAGGGCUAGUUGGCCGAGGGUCAGUAUAACGUGACCAGGUGGCUUCUCGUCUCUGGCGUCUUAUGUAUGCAACGGCAAUUUGGCGACAUGGAUUUGCCCUGCACAAGAAGAAGGACUAUACGUACACACAGCUAGUGACUCCUCGUGCUCAAACGACUGAAAAGUUGGUUAGUACGACGUAAAAUUCCAAGCAUAAUUACAUAUAUAUCUUCUAUAUUGCGUAUUUAAAGUUUAAUAGCCCCGGUGAAUAUUAGAUUGAAUUUAUUUGUGACAGGAUUUAUGCAGUUGAUGUGCAUGUAAUUCCUUUAACCUGGGAAGGGCAUUGCUAAACAUACAACAGUCGCUGUAUGAUCACAUUAAUUCUUCCAUACGCUGUGGGGGGUCCUAACAGUUGGUGGAAAAGUAAACUUCCGUGACAUCAGCUGUCUUAAAACUGUGCAAAUGUGAUUCCUGUUGAAACUGUCAUAUCUUGGGGAAAUAAUAAAACUUCCUAUGAUCUAUCUGUAUUUUGGGGACCGUAGCAUUCAUUAACAAGUGCAUGUAUCUUAGUACCACAACUAACUAUGACAUCAGUCAUUAUUUUAAACUUAAUAAACAGUUUCGUUACAUUUUGCCUACUAAAUAAAGCUGAUUUCAGAAACUCGAGAUAAGUUGCUGUGUUCAGUCAAAGAUGAUUACAGUUUCCUAAUGUUAGGAUUUGAACUGUGUGUUUCCUAGCAAAUCUUUGAUACUUAAAAAUGAUAUUGUUACAUAAGAAAUUUUCUGCAAUAUAAAAGAUAUAUGCAAAUAAUCUCACUGAAAGUGUGGUAAAAAAAAUAAGAUUAUCGAUGGAAAACUGGUUAUAUUGCAUUUUCAACAUUGUAAAGUACAUUACCUAAAAUUUUGCUCAUUUUGCCUGAUUCUAAGAGUUGCUUUGAUCUUUGAAAAAUCUGAGAUCUAUUUGUAAGGUAGGAUGAUAUGCUAAUGGCAAAAAGUAAGUUUGGGGCACCAAAAGUAAAAUAUAAUGACAUUUGUUUGCCUUUUUUUGGGGAAAAAAUUGAGGUCAUUUACAGUAGUAUCAACAAAAAUGUAAUCAACGUUGAAUUAACCCUAACAAAGUUGAACACGAUGCUGCACUUGAAGAUCAGUGCUGUAACAUGGUUUGUCUCUGUAACUGCUGUAAGUAUGCUACUGUUCUGUAUGACCUAAGUGAUAGGAAAUCUCAGGUGUGAGGAGGAUAUGGACAUGAAACCAGGACAUAAAGACAAAAACUGUAAUCACAAGCGGCUCAUUUCACGAAGUGCACUUAGUUAAGUAAGCCCUUAACCAUUGUGACGUUUUACCAGAGAUAUAAAGUGCUUUUAACACUAAGUAAGCUUCAUGAACUGGCCCAUGGACUUACGUGCCAUGUUAGUAAAUCUGGCAGUGGUCCGUUCUACUUUUAAGAAAUCUGGAAAGCAUGCAUGCAUGUUAAGCCUCAAACCCCAAGAUAUGUGGCCUACAGUAAGUAUUUACCCGCUUGGAACAACACGUUAUAUAUGUGGCCUACAGUAAGUGUUUACCCGCUUAGAGCAACAUGUUAUAUUUGAGAUCCCAUUCAAGUUAUGCUGAAUUCCUUUUGGUAUCAGAAAACUUAACGACUCUUGUCAAAGGACUGGCUUUAUCAUCACUACAUUUUGAGUUGGCAAAUUUAUAUGUUGAAUCUUGUAUUAGUGUUCUGAAAUUGUUAAAAUCUAAAUAAUGUACAUUCCCAUUUAUUUACCCAUUUUAUGAUAGUGAUUAAAAGCUUUUGAUAUAUCUGAAUUGCUUUGUUUUAACCAAAAUAAUAUAUGUUCUGCUUUUAUUUGUAGUGUUUGUUAAUUUUUCUUUUUAAUACAUGUAUUAUGAUACUAUUUCAUGUUAGAUAACGCUGCACGCAAUAAUGUUUUAAUAUAUACUGUGGCUGGUAUAUGCUUUAAUUGGAGACGAAUACACUUCCAUGAGUUAAUUCCAUAGAACCAGUUUCAGCCAGAAUCUGAAAUUUCAUUUGAUUGCUUAUUUCUAGACUGUAAGAGUUCAAGUUGGAACCUGAAAUCUGAAGUAACAGGAAUUAACUUAUGCGUGAUAUUGAAAUUUCAAAUUUGGAUUUAAGUCAAAAGUCGCUUUGUGGAAUGGGCAUCUUGAUCCAUUUGUUUGAUGACACGAACACUAAUUAAGCCUCAAUCAUUCAUUCUUUAGGAGUGAUUUAUUAAGUGCUAGCUAUCAUGUCUGUUAACGUUGAGAAAAGUGCUUUAAUACAAAGAACGCCUGUACGUACAGAGCAGAUUUAGAGUUGGAGGCUAGAGUAUAUUUUGAGGAAAUAAAAAUUAUUUUCAAACAUUUA